AUGAGCCUUGCCAAGUAUCAAGAUGAUGAACAAAUUGAUGAAGACACAACAUCAGAUACUUCUUCAUCAUUUGGAUUUGAUGGUACCUCAUCCGAAGCGCCAGCUGUUUCGCUUCAGCAUCAUCAUAUUAACAACCACCCUGCCAUUAGUACUACUGACCACAUCCCAUCUGAAGAACAACAGCUCAUGAUAUCGGUCGCGGAGGCUGCCAACGAUAUUUACAACAAUACACAACUCGGACUACAGGAGAAGAUAUUUGACGGGUUUUUCAUUUGCUUCUCACAAGCUCUUUUAGAUCCUCAUUUAGAAGAUUUAAAGUACAAGAUAUUAUCUAAUGGAGGAAUGUUUUUUGAUACAGUGUCAGACAAGGUCAAUAUUAUUAUUCUCUCUAAUUCUAACAAUCAUGAUUUGGACAGGAUCAAUUAUGCUAUCAAACACCAAUUACCGAUCGUUUAUGAAGCCUAUGUAACGGAUUGUUUUACAGUUUGCACUCGUUUGGAUUGGAAGCAGUAUUGUAUUCCACAAAUGGAGCACUUAAUUGAAGAUAAUACCCAAUUGUUUCAACUAAUACCACCACAAAAUCUGAUUUCAUCAUCGGAACAAAUUCACCAACAAAUUCAUGACAUGAACGCUUCUAACUAUAGUCUUAAACUCUUUGUGAAGGGUUCUAGGAAUUCAACAUACACAGACCAAUUUCCGGAAGUUCUCUACACGCUCACAUGGAAGCACAAGUAUGACGCUCGCAUUUUGUGUAGCGAAAAACUUUUUUCUGGAAAACAUCAAGCCAAGAUUAUGGAAGGCCUUGAACUAUAUCUAGUGAUGGGAUACAAUGAUCGUAUUCCUGUUUUUACAGAUGAACCAAACACGCCAUCAACUCCUACCAACAUUACCACAUCAUCGUCAAAACAGAAUGCAAAGAAAAAGAAACAAGCAUCAUCAUCGUCCGCAACAACAACGUCUACAUCAUCAAAAAAGAAGGGACAAACUAAGAAGAGUGAGGAAAAGGCCACUGUUACAAUUUCUAGUGUUCAUAGACCAUCGGACGAGGAAAUUGUGGUUCGAUUUGGAAUUAAUAGCUUGUACUGUUCGAAACGAUUUCAGUACAUGCCAUUCCGCCUGUGUGUCAAGUAUGCUCCCAUGGACUGUCCUGCUGACCAGCAUUUCACCAUUUUUUCUCCCGAGUUCAAAACCUUUGUGAAAAAGGAUGCAAAUAUCACAAAAUAUUUAAAUCAACCAUUUCCUCUUAAUCCCACAAUUAAGGUUAUUACCAAAGCAUGUACAACAACCACUAGAGUUGAAUUUUCCAAAUUUACCGCCUCAAACUCUUGCUCAUCACCCAAACAGCCAUCUGCCAAGAAAUCAUCCAAAAAGAAUGGAACUUCACAAAAGAAGCGAAAGAAGGAUGAAAUUGAAGAAUCUGACGCUACCACUCUAGCACAAUAUCCUCAAGUGAAUCCAUAUGAACAGAAUGGCGGAGCACAUGGUACUCAAUGGCCUUCCAUGAAUGAUAUGAACAUGAUGUAUCCGUUUCUUUCCAUGUUCCCAAAUCCUCAUCCUGGACUAAAUCAUCCUAGCUCAAUGUAUCCUUCCAUACCUCCAACUGUAGAUCCUAACCUUGCCCUAUAUCCCCCAAUGAUCCCUCAAAUGGGAAUGACUUGGAUGAGUGAACCCAUUGGUAUUAAUCCAAGCGGUGACGUUUUUUAUUCACAAAUAUUCAAAGAUGGAGUUGUGUAUAAGGUAGCCGAUCUAGUCCUUGUCUCUCCAUGGGAGACUGGAGAAAAUGGAGAGCCUAUCGAAAAUGACAAGCAAGACAAGGAUGACGCUCAUGACGACAGAAAACCCAUUGAAAAAUACUGGAUUCUCAAAGUGAUCAAUUUACUUCAAACAAAAUCCGGAAAUAUUCGAUUCAUUGGACAGUUUUUCUAUAGAUGGAGUGAUUUACAGGGCUUUUCAUGCGAUAUUGAGCAAGGGACCAUAACAACAAAAUCCAGAAAGAAUCAUGAUUUACCACCAGAGAAGGAGGUAUUUGUUUCUUUCGAUAUGCACAUUGUACCCAUGUCACAUGUGAAUGGAAAGUGUUAUGCCAAGUUUGUGGAUCCAGCACAAUUGUCAGACGCUGACAGAAAAUGGCUUGAAAGCGACCAUAGGUUUUUCUAUCAAUGUGCCUACAAUAGAAAGUCCAAUGAAUUGGUGCUGCUUGAGGAACAAGUCCUCAAAAUUCUCAAAGAGGAUGAAGAACACUCUCCACCCCAUCCUAACACUCACCCUACUCCCAUGCCUAACCCAUUGUUUCCAAUGAACCCAAUGAAUCCCAUGAAUCCAAUGCCUUUGGCUCCCAUGGGUACAUUGAGUCAUGGUCAUCCAAUGGGACCAAUGCCCGCCUCAGGCUUAUUCCCACUUCCCUCCAACCCUUUUGCUCCUUGGUCACUAAAUCCGCCUCCCUUCCCUACUACAUCUGCUACAUCUUCGAGUUUGGAACCUCCUUUGAAGAAGACAUCAAGUGCAUCUUCCUCUUCGGAUAAAUAA